AUGUCAGGCUCCACGCAGCCCGUGACGCAGAGCUGGCGCGCGGCCGAGCCGCGCUACGCCCCGCACGCCAUGUCCUACCCGGUGCAGAUCGCCCGGCCGCACGCGGACGUGGCCCUGUUGGAGUACCAGCAUCAUUCCAGGGAUUUCGCUUCCCACCUCCCGCCAGGCUCCAUCAUGCAGCCGCAGCGCCGGAGGCCGUCCCUGCUCUCCGAGUUCCAGCCGGGCAAUGAAAGAUCUCAGGAGCUGCACCUGAGAGCCGAGGGCCAUUCCUAUCUCUCUGACCUGACCAAGCCAUCGGACUUGGAGUUCAUGGAGAGCAAGAGGCCCCGCCUGGAGCUGCUGCAGGAGCCGCUGCUGCGGCACUCGCCUCUCCUCAGCCAGGGCCAGCAGGGCACCGAGGACCUCUCCAAGGAGCGUGGCCUGCCUGGCAAGCUGGAGCCCGUGUCCCCCGUGAGCCCUGCCCACGGCGAGGCCGAGCUGGAGCUGCUGCCAGCCCGGCUCUCCAAGGAGGAGCUGAUCCAGAACAUGGACCGCGUGGACCGCGAGAUCACCAUGGUGGAGCAGCAGAUCUCCAAGCUGAAGAAGAAGCAGCAACAGUUGGAGGAAGAAGCAGCCAAACCACCAGAGCCUGAAAAACCCAUCUCUCCCCCUCCUAUUGAGUCCAAACAUCGCAGCUUGGUGCAGAUCAUCUACGACGAGAACAGGAAGAAGGCGGAGGCUGCCCACCGGAUCCUGGAAGGGCUGGGUCCGCAGGUGGAGCUGCCGUUAUACAACCAGCCUUCAGACACCAGGCAGUACCAUGAGAACAUUAAAAUAAACCAGGCAAUGCGGAAAAAGUUAAUUUUAUACUUUAAGAGGAGAAAUCAUGCGCGCAAACAGUGGGAGCAGAAGUUUUGCCAGCGCUAUGACCAGCUGAUGGAGGCCUGGGAAAAGAAAGUGGAGCGCAUCGAGAAUAACCCGCGGCGGCGUGCCAAGGAGAGCAAAGUGCGGGAAUACUAUGAGAAGCAAUUCCCGGAGAUCCGCAAGCAACGCGAGCUGCAAGAGCGCAUGCAGAGGUUAGAGGAGAAGCGGGUAGGACAGAGGGGCAGUGGCGGGCUCUCCAUGUCAGCCGCGCGCAGCGAGCACGAGGUGUCCGAAAUCAUCGACGGCCUCUCGGAGCAAGAGAACCUGGAGAAGCAGAUGCGCCAGCUCGCCGUCAUCCCGCCCAUGCUCUACGAUGCCGACCAGCAGCGCAUCAAAUUCAUCAACAUGAACGGCCUCAUGGAUGACCCCAUGAAGGUCUACAAGGACAGGCAGGUGAUGAACAUGUGGAGCGAGCAGGAGAAGGAAACCUUCCGGGAAAAGUUCAUGCAGCACCCGAAGAACUUCGGCCUGAUCGCAUCCUUCCUGGACAGGAAGACGGUGGCUGACUGUGUCCUCUAUUACUACCUGACCAAGAAGAAUGAGAAUUACAAGAACCUCGUGAGGAGGAAUUACCGGCGGCGCGGGAAGAGCCAGCAGCAGCAAAUGCCCCGGAGCAGCCAAGAAGAGAAAGAUGAAAAAGAGAAAGAAAAAGAGAAGGAGGGAGAGAAGGAGGAAGACAAGCAGGAAACAGAAAAUGACAAAGAAGAACUGACAAAGGACAAGAACGACGACACGUCCGGAGAAGACAACGAUGAGAAGGAAACGGUCACGUCCAAGGGCCGCAAAACCGCCAACAGCCAGGGCCGGCGCAAGGGCCGCAUCACCCGCUCCAUGGCCAACGAGGCCAACAACGAGGAGGCAGCCACGCCACAGCAGAGCGCCGAGCUGGCUUCCCUGGAAAUGAAUGAAAGCUCUCGCUGGACCGAAGAGGAGAUGGAGACAGCUAAAAAAGGUCUCCUUGAGCAUGGGCGGAACUGGUCGGCCAUUGCCAGGAUGGUGGGCUCCAAGACCGUGUCGCAGUGCAAAAACUUCUACUUCAACUACAAGAAGAGGCAGAACUUGGACGAGAUCCUACAGCAGCACAAACUGAAAAUGGAGAAAGAAAGGAACGCCAAGAGGAAGAAGAAAAAAGGCGCAGCUGUUCAGAACGAAGAAGCCGCCUUCCCUCCCGCAGCUGAGGACGAGGAGAUGGAGGUGUCAGGGACGAGUGGCAACGAGGAGGAGAUGGCAGAGGAGGCAGAAGCUGCAGUAAAUAACAGCUCCGACACCGAGAGCAUUCCCUCGCCAAGGCCCGAAGCCAAAGAGGGAGGUGAAAACGGGGCCAAGGCACCACCCGGGCCGGGAGGUGACGCCGGCACAGAACCGGCAGUCAAGUGGGAAGAGGCUCCAACGCCCCCCGGCGCUCCCCCUGCUCCCCCUGCCAACCCCGCUCCUGCCGCCAGCCCCCCGCCGGAGACGGCUCCCGAGGCUCCCAGCAGCGAGGAGAAGGUGCCCGAGGAGCUGGUGGUGGACGUGGUGAAAACGGAGGAGCCGGAGGAGAAGGCAAGCGAGGAGCCCUGCAAGAGCGAGGUGAAGAAGGAGGAGAGCGAAGAGAGCCAGGAGAAGGACAAGGGGAAUGACAAGAAGGUGGAAAGCGGCGUCAGCAGUGCAGGGACGGCAGGGACGGAGGGGACGCCCAAGGCUGAGAAGAAGGAGAGCCACAAGGGCAGCAAAGGCCCCGGGGUGAACCCCGACAGCGACUCCAGCGCGACCUGCAGCGCAGACGAGAUGGAUGAGCAGGAUGCUGUGGACAAGAGCAGGUUGCUGUCCCCCCGGCCCAGCCUGCUCAACACCGCCAGCGACGCCCGGCUCAACUCCUCGCCGCAGAAGCCGCUGGACCUGAAACAGCUGAAGCAGAGAGCUGCUGCCAUCCCUCCCAUUAUUUCAGAAGGUUUCUCAGAGGGGGUAUUGCAGAGUGGAAGCGCGAAGCCUCAGGUGCCUCCCCACGCCUUGGCUCUCUACCAGCAGCAGAUCACAAAAGCCCACGAGUCUGCCCGCGAGGACAUGCCCCCGAGCAAGCUGUCACAGUCCCAGCAGCAGCAGGCUGAGAAGGAGCAGCAGCAGCCCAGCAGCAGCCCCAGGGGGAAGAGCCGGAGCCCCGCUGCUGGAGAGAAGGAAGAGAAGUCUGUGCAUUUCUCAGCCAUUGCAGAGGUUCAGAAGCUGAGUGCUGAGUCAGUGGCUGCCUCGUGCUGGCCCCCUGUUCUGUCCUACCCCCGGGAUGUGAUCAAAACUUCUCCCCAGACGGAGCCCCACUUGUUCCAGUACAACCCACCAGGACACCCCAUCCCACUAAACCUGCAUGAAAGCUCUCGCUCAGGGCUGCAGAGACUAGCCAGCAUCUCCAACCCUCCUCCCCUCAUCUCCUCCACCAAGCACCCCUCCGUGCUGGAGAGAUCCGUCGGAUCCAUUUCCCAGGGAAUGCCCAUCCAGCUCCACACACCCUACAGCCCCGAGCACGCCAAGGUCCCCGUUGGUUCCAUCACCAUGGGCCUGCCACUGACCAUGGAUCCCAAGAAACUGGUGCCUUUUCCUGGAGUAAAGCAGGAACAACUUUCUCCUAGAAGCCAGGCCAGCCAGCCAGAAAGUCUGGUUCUGCAGCCAUCCCAGGAGGGCUCCAUCCUGCGGGGUACUUCCCUCAGCUCUGCCUCGGGAGGAAGCAUCACCAAAGGAACACCCACAUCCAGGCCCCCUCCGGAGUCACCCAUCACCUACCGAGGCUCCAUCACACAUGGCACCCCGGCAGAAGUGCUGUACAAAGGAACCAUUACCAGGAUAAUCGGAGAAGACAGCCCCAGCAGAGCAGAGAAGGCGAGGGAGGAUGCCGUGCCCAAAGGACAUGUCAUCUACGAGGGCAAGAAAGGCCACGUGCUGUCCUACGAGGGUGGAGUUGCUGCUUCUCAGUGUCCCAAAGAAGACAGCAGGAGCUCGGGAGCUUCCCAUGAGACCACAGGAACUAAGCGGACCUAUGAUAUGAUGGAGGGGAGGAUCAGCCGGGGCUUAUCAGCCCGUGAUACCUUAUCUACCAGCAUUGAAGGUCUCAUGGGUCGAGCGAUCCCUCCAGACCGACACAGUCCCCAUAACCUAAAGGAGCAGCAUCACAUGCGAGGCUCGAUUACACAAGGAAUACCUCGGUCCUAUGUGGAGGCCCAUGAGGACUACCUCAGAAGAGAAGCCAAACAGCUCAAGAGGGAAAACACUCCACCAAGGGACUUAUCUGAUGCCUACAAGGUCAGAUCUCAUGAUCUGACUCCUCUGAAAAUGAAAUCAGCCCACGAAGACCUGGUAGCCACGGUGAAAGAAGCAGGAAGAUCAAUCCAUGAGAUCCCCCGGGAGGAGCUGAGGCGCACACCAGACAUCUCUCUGACCAGACCUCUGAAGGAAGGUUCCAUCACACAGGGUACCCCACUGAAGUAUGACAGCGGCUCUUCCUCCUCGAGUACCAAAAAGCACGAUGUGCGCUCCAUCAUCGGCAGCCCCGGCAGGACUUUUCACUCUGUGCAUUCUCUGGAUGUCAUCCAAGACCCGAGGAAUCUGGAAAGAGCUUAUGAAGAGAGCCUGAAAAACAGGCCAAGCCCUGUGACAAACUCAGGUGGCUCCAUCGCCAGAGGGGCUCCUGUGAUUGUACCCGAGCCGGGCAAACCCCACCAAAGUGCCCUGGGCUAUGAGGACCACCAGGCAGGGCACAGCACGGCCUUCAGCAGCCACUUGCACAGAGGGUCUCCAGUCUCCACACGGGAGUCCACCCCACGGCAGCACGAAGGCAGCAUCACUGCUGGGAAGCCGGUGUCCCAGGACAGAAAGAUCACCCCCACAUCGAGAGAGCUCACCAACUCCAAGUCUCCGCACGCCCCCGUGCCCGACCACCACCACCCCAUCUCCCCGUACGAGCACCUGCUCCGCGGCGUCAGCGGCGUCGAUCUGUACCGAGGGCACAUCCCGCUGCCCUUCGACCCCGCCGCCAUCCCGAGGGGGAUCCAGCUGGAAGCAGCUGCUGCUUACUACCUGCCAAGGCAUCUGGCUCCAAGCCCCACGUACCCACACCUGUACCCCCCGUACCUCAUCCGGGGCUACCCGGACACGGCGGCCAUGGAGAACCGCCAGACCAUCAUCAACGACUACAUCACGUCGCAGCAGAUGCACCACAACGCCGCAGCCACGGCCAUGGCGCAGCGGGCAGACAUGCUGCGCGGGCUGUCACCCCGGGAGCCCUCCCUCGCCCUCAACUAUGCAGCAGGCAUCAUCGACCUGUCCCAAGUGCCACACCUGCCCGUCCUCGUGCCCCCUACCCCCGGCACCUCUGCCACCACCAUGGACCGCAUCACCUACAUCCCUGGACCCCCCCAGACCUUCGGCAGCCGGCACAGCAGCUCCCCGCUCUCCCCAGGAGGGCCCACGCACAUGACCAAACAGUCAGGAUCGUCGGUGUCCGAACGGGAACGGGAACGGGAGCGGGAACGAGAGAGGGAGCGUGAAAAAUCCAUCCUAGCCUCCACCACAGUGGAGCAUGCACCCAUCUGGAGACCAGGUACGGAGCAGUCCAGCAGCCGUUCGUCCUCCCACUCUCACAGCCACCAGCACUCUCCCGUGUCACCCCGCACCCACGAGACCAUCCAGCAGCGCCCCAGCGUGCUCCACAACACCGGCAUGAAGAUCAUUUCCUCGGAGACCCCCACCCCUUCCGUCCUACGAUCCUCCUCCACCACUACCACGUCACCGAUCCGCUCUGCCGCCUUCCCCUCGGCCUCCAGCCUGCGCUCCUCGCUCAGCGCGGCCGACGGCUACGCAGCCCCCCUGGACCCAGCCAUCCUGCAGAAAGAGUCCUCGAGGGGGAGGGAAGCCAAGGCAGAGCGAGCCCAGACUGACAACAACGUCUACACCUCAAAGCUGCCCAGCGGGGCCAACCUGGAGCAGUCGCCUUCUCCCAUUAAAGCCAUGGAGUCGAGACCUUUGCCCGCCUCCGGACCUGGCUCCUCUCAUCACUAUGGCAGAGGACAGGGGAAAAGCCAGCAGCACCACCACCCUCUGGACCAGCAGCAUGCAGCCUCGGGCUCCGAGCAGCACAGUAGAGAAAAGAGUCAGAGUAAACGCUUCUCCAUGCAGGAGCAGGAGCUCCGAGCACUCGGCUUUCAUGGAGGCUACAGCCCCGAGCGGAUGGAGGCAGUGAGUCCGGUGAGCUCGCCCAGCCUGUCCCAUGAGAAAGGAGCCAAGCUGCUGCAGGACACAGAGAAGGGGCAUGGAGAGCAUGACCUGAGGCAGAAGCAGCAAGGCUCGCUGAAGGCCUCGGCUCCUGAAUCCGCUCACCUGCAGCACCUGCGGCAGCCCGACGGCCCCCAGUGCCAGCCCCUGCAGUCCAGCCAGAGCAUCAAGGGCAUGAACCAGCGCGUGGUCACGCUGGCCCAGCACAUCAGUGAGGUGAUCACGCAGGACUACACGCGGCACCACCCGCAGCAGCUGAACUCGCACCUGCAGGCGCCGCUGUACUCGUUCCCCGGGGCCGCGUGCCCGGUGCUGGACCUGCGCCGCACGCCCAGCGAGGCCUUCCUGCAGCAGCAGGAGCACAGCACGGCCUCACGCAUCUCCCCCCAGGGAGAAGGGGGGAAAAGGUCCCCGGAGCAGGCCAAGGCAGCAGCAGGGGGGCCGGACAGCUGCAUCGAGCCCGUGUCCCCACCCGACGGCGCGGGAGAGGCUGAGCACGCCAAGAGCGCCCCGUACCCCGUCCUGUUCCGCGAGGGAGAGCCCAUGGACCAGAGGAUGGGGUCCAAGUCCCCAGGAAACAACACUCAGCGUCCAGCUUUCUUCAGCAAGCUGACUGAAAGCAACUCUGCCAUGGUAAAGUCCAAGAAGCAGGAGAUCAUCAAGAAGCUCAGCACGACCAACAAAAACGAGACGGAGUACAAUGUGGGGCAGCCUGGGACAGAGAUUUUCAACAUGCCAGCGAUUACUGGAGCAGGGCUAAUCAGUUGUAGGAGCCAGUCGGUCCAAGAGAAUUCCAGUACCAACAUGGGGUUGGAGGCAAUAAUUAGGAAAGCCCUAAUGGGUAAAUAUGACGAGCAGUGGGAAGAGCGCUCACCUCUCAGUGCCAAUGCUUUUAACUCUCUGAAUGCCAGUGCAAGCCUGCCCGCUGCUAUGCCCAUAACUCCUGCUGAUGGACGAAACGAGGACGUGCGCUCCUUGCCAGGAGGAGGGGGGAAGCCAAAGAUCGCUGCCAGACCCAACAGCCGCAAGGCCAAGUCUCCAGCUCCGGGUCUGUCCUCGGGCGAGCGGCCGCCCUCGGUGUCCUCGGUGCACUCGGAGGGCGACUGCAACCGCAGGACUCCCCUCACCAACCGCGUCUGGGAGGACAGGCCGUCAUCCGCAGGUUCGACGCCGUUCCCCUACAACCCGCUGACCAUGCGGCUUCCCAGCGGGGUGGUGACGGCAGCGCCCAGCGCCCCGCUGCCACAGGGCACCCCCGGCAGCCAGCACCACGCUUGGGACGAGGAGCCCAAGCCCCUGCUCUGCUCCCAGUACGAAACCCUUUCGGACAGUGAAUGAGAGGAGCCAGGGGCAGGGAGACGGCGACCAAACCCGGGGCACGGGGAGCGAGCGGGACACCCGGGGCGAGCGCCCACACCCCGGCCCCGCCGGCUCUCACGAGCGAAGAUGCAGGAGCAGAGCUGUUUCAUUUUUCCCUCUUCUUUUUUUUUUCUUUUUUUUUUUAUCCCUUCCCU